AUGGAGCCGACAUCGGCGGAAGCAGGAGGUGGAGGGCCGGAAGGAGAAUUGGGUGUGUUCAUUCCUUAUGUUGAGGGGGUGGAUCAUGCUCAUAUAUUGCUCCCGCCUCUGGAAACCCUCUGUACUGUGGAGGAGACCUGUGUGAGGGACAAGGCUGUAGAGUCGCUAUGCAGGAUUGGGUCGCAGAUGAAGGAAAAUGAUUUGGUUGACUGGUUUAUUCCUCUUGUCAAGAGGCUAGCAGCUGGUGAAUGGUUUACAGCUCGAGUCUCAGCUUGUGGACUGUUUCAUAUUGCCUACCCAAGUGCCUCAGAUACGUUAAAGACAGAAUUAAGGUCAAUAUACAGCCAAUUGUGUCAAGAUGAUAUGCCAAUGGUGAGAAGGGCUGCUGCCACGAAUUUGGGGAAAUUUGCUGCCACUGUGGAAGCUGCUCAUCUUAAAAGUGACAUCAUGUCCAUGUUUGAGGAUCUUACACAGGACGAUCAGGAUUCUGUUCGCCUGCUAGCUGUUGAGGGUUGUGCUGCUCUUGGAAAGUUAUUGGAACCUCAAGAUUGUGUAGCACAUAUUCUCCCUGUAAUUGUCAACUUUUCGCAGGAUAAGUCUUGGCGUGUUCGGUACAUGGUGGCCAACCAGUUGUAUGAGCUCUGUGAGGCUGUGGGGCCUGAACCUACUAGGACGGAUUUGGUUCCUGCAUAUGUCCGCCUACUUCGAGACAAUGAAGCCGAAGUGAGAAUAGCAGCUGCUGGAAAAGUCACAAAAUUCUGUCGGAUUCUUAAUCCCGAACUUGCUAUCCAGCAUAUUCUUCCCUGUGUAAAGGAAUUGUCAUCUGAUUCUUCACAGCAUGUAAGGUCUGCUUUGGCAUCAGUCAUAAUGGGAAUGGCUCCUGUUUUGGGAAAGGAUGCAACUAUCGAACAACUUCUUCCCAUAUUCCUUUCUCUUCUUAAAGAUGAAUUUCCCGAUGUUCGCCUAAACAUCAUUAGCAAGCUAGAUCAAGUCAAUCAGGUGAUUGGAAUUGAUUUACUCUCUCAAUCUUUAUUACCAGCUAUUGUUGAGUUAGCAGAGGAUAGGCAUUGGAGGGUUCGCCUUGCCAUAAUAGAAUACAUACCUUUAUUGGCUAGUCAGUUGGGUGUUGGCUUUUUCGACGAUAAGCUCGGUGCUCUUUGCAUGCAGUGGCUACAGGACAAGGUUUACUCUAUUAGAGAUGCCGCAGCUAAUAAUUUGAAACGUCUGGCAGAAGAAUUCGGUCCAGAGUGGGCAAUGCAGCAUAUAGUUCCUCAGGUUUUGGACAUGAUAAACAAUCCACAUUAUUUAUAUAGGAUGACCGUUCUUCGUGCAAUUUCCCUACUUGCCCCUGUCAUGGGUUCUGAGAUCACAUGUUCUAAAUUAUUACCAGUCAUUGUUACUGCAUCAAAGGACAGAGUUCCCAAUAUUAAAUUCAACGUGGCAAAGGUGUUGCAAUCCAUGAUCCCCAUUGUCGAUCAAUCUGUGGUGGAGAAAACGAUUCGCCCCAGCUUGGUAGAGCUUUCGGAGGACCCUGAUGUAGAUGUUCGUUUUUUCGCGAACGAAGCUCUUCAGUCAAUUGACAAUGUGAUGAUGUCGAGCUAGACAAGUCCGUGAUGUUUUGAAUUCCAGUGCUUGUGUUUCUCUAUUGUGUAUGUCCGUUUUUCAAUUUGCCGUAUAAUUCGAAUUUGGUUUUAGAAAUAUAUAUUAUUUUAUACGUUUAACCACUAUUGCGUAUCUUGAUUAUUUUCCUCUGUUCUUCCUUUACCCUCUGUGGAUCAUUUUACUAAUGUUUUGACAGCAGUUUAUUUUCAAUUGUAUGGCUGAUCUUUCAUG